CUAGUCGAUUUGUUGCUUUGCACAAUAUGGCCGGUGAAAACCCUCCCCGGGCUCCUCCUCAGGGUUCCUCCGCCGCCCACGCCCACCACCGCAAAUCCCGCUGGGAAUCCUCUUCAUCCGCCGCCGCCGCCGCCGACCAGAAAUCCAAACCCUCCCCUAAUCCCUCCGCCACUCCACAAAACAACAGAGAUCCCAACAAGAGACCUCUAGUACUCAAUAAUCCCGAUGGCCCAUCGUCGAGGCCUGAAAACCCUACCGCUGCCUCUGAGCUGAGGCCUUCUUUCCCGUUCGUCGAACCGCCGCCGCCCCCAGCUUACGGAUUCCACAUGCUCGAGCGGCGGAGCAUAGCCCUAGCCGAUGGUUCCGUCCGAUCUUACUUCGCUUUACCCCCGGAUUAUGAGAAUGCUCCUCUUAUGCCGCGGCCUGGUUUCCGUCCCCAACUCCACGGUUUCGGACUUGAUCGACCUCCUUUUCCGAUGAGUCCUGAAUUCCUCGGUUCGGAUGCUAGGGUUAGGAAUUCGGGACCUGAGAGUGGAUUGAAACGAAAAUUUGGGGAAGAGGAGAGGAGAGGGAGGGAUGAUGGAUUUGAGAGACAGAGGCAGCAGCUUCUGCAAUAUGGAAAUGCUAAUCCAAAUCCAAAUUCAAAUGCUAAUGUUAAUGUAAAUGUAAAUGUAAAUGUGCCGGGGCCGAGCGGCGUCCAUGAUUUUAGGAGAGGGGAAGAGGAGAGAGCUCCUAAAAACAUGAGAUUGUUUCAGGAGAAUGUAGGCAAGCUCAAGCAUAGUGAGGUUGAUCAGAAUGCAUUGAAGAAGGCGUUUCUCCAUUUUGUGAAAUUGAUUUUUGAGUCUGCACAUCAAAGAAAGAAGUAUUUGGCAGAUGGGAAACAGGGACGUGUGCCCUGCCUGCCCUGCGAAAGGUCCUCGAAAGAGUUUCCCGACACACAUAGUCUUGUUAUGCAUGCAUACAACACAGACAAUGCAGAUUCAGUUGUUGAUCACCUGGCUUUCCACAAGGCUUUAUGCAUUCUAAUGGGUUGGAACUAUUCGGUGCCCCCUGAUAAUUCUAAAGCCUAUCGGAAUUUUUCUGCGGAUGAUGCACAUGCUAAUCAGUACGACCUGAUUAUGUGGCCACCCACUGUCUUAAUCCAUAAUACCAUCUCAGGAAAAGGUAGAGAUGGACGUAUUGAAGGCUUAGGAAACAGAGCAAUGGAUAGUAUUCUUAGAGAUCUUGGAUUUGCGAGUGGCAAGUCGACGUCCUUACAUGCCCGAGAAGGCUUUUUGGGAAUGCAUGCGGUGAAAUUCUCGGGUGACGAAUCGGGGUUGAAGGAAGCUCUCAAGCUGGCUGACUAUUUCGAGAGGGAGAAGCGCGGGCUAAGGGAUUGGUCUCGUGUUCAGCCCCCGACAGUGGGUAAGGACGACGAGAACAAUCCGAAUCUGGUGAAAUUCGAUCCCAAGUCGCGGGAGAAGAAGAGGGUGUUCUAUGGCCAUCUAGCAACAGUUGCUGAUCUUGACAAGGUUAGUUAUGACAUCAGGAAAAAGGUCACAAUUGUGAGCAUGAGGGAAUUCAGGCAAUCCCAACAAAAAUAAAUGAAUAAAAAUUAAUUUUUGAAGAUGGUUUUACUUGUUAGGUAAAGAUUUGAGGAAUCCUCUUGUUUUCAGAUUUUGCUGAAAUUUCUUGUGGAGUUUAUGGUCAAAAAUUUGCAUUUGAAAUGCCUUUGCAUGUGUAUAUUGUAUUUAUCAAUGCACUUUUGAAUUUAAAUCUCUCAUAUAUAUAUAUAUAUAUAUAUA